AUGUUUCAUUCUAGCUUUUAUUCUCUUCCCUCCCUCCCUUUCUUUCGUUCUUUCUUUCUUUCUUUCGUUCUUUCUUUCUUUCUUUCUUAUUGCAUUCUUUCAUUCUCAAUGUUAAUUUCAUUAUUUUUCCUUCUUUCUUUUACAAUGUUUUUUUUUCUUCACCCCUCUUUUUUUUCUUUUCAAUUUUUUCAAUCUUUUUCAAUAUUAAUUAUUUUCUGUUUCCUUUUUCUUCUGCUUCAUUCAAUUACUUUCUUUACUGUCCUUUCCUUUAAUAUUUCAAUUGUUUUUUUUUCUUUCGUCUCCAAUAUUUAUUUAUUUCCAAAAUUUUUUCUUCCUGUCUCAAUACAUAUUUAUUACCUUUUUUUUUUUCUUCAUGGUAUUCAUUCUUUCUUAUUUCUACAUUUUCUUUUCUUACUUUCUCCAUUGUAUUUUCUUUCUUUUUUCAUGGAAUUCUUUCUUUCUUUCUUUCUUUCUUUCUUUCUUUCUACAUUUUAUUUUCUUACUUUCUCCAUUGUAUUUUCUUUCUUUUUUCAUAGUAUUCUUUCUUUCUUUCUUUCUUUAUUUCUUUCUUUUUUUCUUUCUACAUUUUAUUUUCUCACUUUCUCCAUUGUAUUUUCUUUCUUUUUUCAUAGUAUUCUUUCUUUCUUUCUUUCUUUCUUUCUUUUUUUCUUUCUACAUUUUAUUUUCUCACUUUCUCCAUUAUAUUUUCUUUCUUUCUUCAUAGUAUUCUUUCUUUCUUUCUACAUUUUAUUCUCUCUCUUUCUUUCUCCGUUGUAUUCUCUUUCUUCAUUGUUUUCUUUCUUUCUCCAUUUUCUUUUUUUUUUUUAUUAUUUCCGUAUGUAUUUAUAUAAUCAGACGUCUAUUUGUAGUCCUGUUCUUUUUAGUCAGACACAGUUUAUUUAUUGCAUGACGAUCAAUCUGGGACGUUCUCCAAGGAUUGUUUGUGACCAUCUGCCGGCUGGGGGCAAUGAUCCAAACAGCAAACAGCAUUCUGUUCUAUAG